AGAAGAAGUAUGGAAAAACCAGAAAGCAACGUUGAAGACAUUGGAGUAAGAAGUCCGAACGCGAUGGCUGACAUUUGUGAUACCCAACAGGAAGCUUCUGAGGAACUUCUGUUCCACGAAGAAACCAUUGAUCUGGGAGGAGAUGAAUCUGCAUCUGAAGAAAACGGAAACGUUGCAGACGACUCCAGUAACUUCAUAGAUAAACUGAGUGAGCACAUGAUGGAGAGCGUCCUGAUAUCUGAUUCUCCAAAUAACAGUGAAGAUGAUACCGGCGACCUUGGCUGCCUGCAGGGAAUAAUCAAACAAAUUGAAGCAAACGAUACCGAAGCAAUAGAAGGAGAGGAGCUUUUGGAGAGACACGAAGUCGUUAGAAAUGAGAAGGACACAAAACUCGAAGCUGCUGCCAAAAGUAUUUCCGAUUCGAGAAUUGACUAUCAGUCCUCUUUAAAUGAAAGUCCGAUUCAGACGCCAGCAAAAAACGAACUGGAAGGAGAAUGUGACAAACUUUUAAAGUCUCCAUCGAACAUUGUUGAAGAAAGCAAACCAGAGGAAGUUGUUUCUGUUCCGGUUGUCAUUAAAUCACCAGAUGACGCAGAACCUAUUCCCAUCUGUACCAUCUUUAGCCAGGGAAACCAAACAACUGGCCAGCAACAGUUUCUCCAUGAUGGCUUUGAACCUCAAAUGGUGAAAUCACCCAGCCUUGGUGCUGUCAGUGAGACUCCGGUGAAAAUUCAUCCGCAGGUGGUUCAGCCUAGCCCAAGCCUAAGCAAAUUCUUUGGGGAAGCCAUUAGUAAUAACACGUUAGCUUCUGAUUUCUUUGAUUCCUUUACUACGUCAUCCUUUAUUUCGGUCAGCAACCCCAAUGCCAGCGCAUCUGUACCCGAACAGAUGUCUUCUCUUGUAACAGUUGGGGAAUUGCGCGACUCUGUUAAACAUAAAUACGCUCUUAAAAAUGGAAGAUCGGAACCUGGGAAAUCCGCAUCUUCUCCAGAAAUAUCUCAGUCCCCAAAGCCAUUUUCCCAGAUUCAAGCUGUUUUUCAAAGCGCCGAUGACCCUUUUGCCUCCGUGCUGAACAUGAGUGAGGUGGACAGAAGAAACGACGCGUGGCUUCCUAGUGAGGCAACGAGGAAUGUGUUGAUUUCAGUGGCCACCCAGCCGUAUAAUAAUAUUUUCAUAGACAAGGAGAAUGUGACCAUGCCGGGAUUAAAAUUUGACAAUAUUCAGGAGCACCAAAAACUGGAGAGCAGCGGUUGAUCUGUGCGGACGGCUUCUGACAGCCCAUGGCCAAGGCUACGGCAAAAGCGGACUCCCCACCAGUCACACAACAGACUCUCUUCAG